AUGGAAAAGGAAUCAAUCAAUUCAACUUUGUUACAAAUUGAUACUCAAUUCAAUUACAAUUCAAGUAACCACGGGUCUAGAGAAAAUUCGCGAACUACUUCAUACGAUAUCAUAAAUGUAAAUUUCAAUAAUAAUAAAAUUCCUAGCUCCAAUAAUGUGAUAUCUCCUACCUUAUUACCUAUUCAAGCCCAACUGACACCACCCCCAUCUAAUAAUGGCAGUAGUAAUGGUAGCAGUGUAGGAUGCCAAAAUAAAAACUUCUCCUUGUAUGAGCACUAUCACAUUUCUCAAAACGAUUUUUUGACUAAAUCCUCACCAAUCAAAAAAUCUCCACUAUUAAUAGGCACAAAUCCAAACAUGUUACCACAUAAUUUGAUAAGCAAUCACCAAAAUAAUGUAUCACACAAUAGUAACUCACUAAAUAAUUCCACCCCUACUAGAAUUAAAAGACCAAUGAAUGCCUUUAUGGUGUGGUCAAGAGGGCAAAGACGAAAAAUGGCCCAAGAGAAUCCAAAAAUGCAUAACUCUGAGAUUAGCAAGCGUCUAGGCAGCGAUUGGAAACUUUUAACAGAAUCAGAAAAAAGACCAUUUAUAGACGAAGCUAAACGACUUCGAGCGGUGCAUAUGAAAGAUCACCCUGAUUAUAAAUAUAGACCUAGAAGAAAGACAAAAAAUUUGAUCAAAAAGGAUACAAAUAUAAAUACCUCUUCAAUAAAUUAUCAAAAUUCUCAGAUGAAUGUUUCCUCAUCUACUAAUAACAAAAAUUUUCAACAAAACAAAUCAAACACCCCUCUCAUUAGUACAAUUCCUCACAAUCAUCAUUCCUCAAUAUUUGGAAAUUCCAAUAUAUCUGGUGAAGUUUCGUACUAUGGAUCUAUGAGGGAUUCCAAUAAUAUAAUGACAAAUCAACUAUCUUCUAAUUUUCCAACUUACAACGGUUCUUUAACUAACAAUGGAAGUGAUAUUUCUUCAUACUCAGCUUAUCCCCACCCUUUUAUGUUGAAUCCACAUCACCAAUCAAUGCAACAUUAUUCCUCAUUAUUAAAUAAUGGCACAUUAAAACGCCUAUCUGAUUUUAACGCCAUAAACCAUCAUGUUAAGCAAGAAGGAAAUUCGGAAAAAAGCCUCAAGCAAAUUCCACCCGAUAAUAAAAAUCAAUAUAUUUCGCAAAUAAAUCCUAUUAAAUUGGAGGCAGUUAACCACGAAAAUGAUAGAUCUCCAAAUAGUUCAAAUACUGAACCAAACGAAGAACGAAAUUAUCAUUCCUCGUCUCCAUAUGAAAAUUACGUCCCAUCGGCAGUUUUAAACCGAUAUUAUUCUCAAUAUUCUAAUAAAUCGCUUCUAUCCAAUUACCCAAACUUUUUUCCUAAUAACUUGAAUCAUUCCUCGAACCCCAACGAAAUAAACUCUCACCCACUAAUAAAUCCACAUAAUCCUACAACGAUGUCAAAUGACCUUAGAGAUAUGAUAUCUCUCUAUUUGCCUCCUCAAGCAUCACACCCAUCUCUGCAUCCCAUGAAUCCAUCUCUGUGUAUGAGCGCUUUACCACCUGGAAUUCAGCUUGGUAAUUCCUCUACCCAAUUUUCACAAACCAGUUCUCACCCAUAUCCUAAUUAUUUUACCAACCCAUCUCUAAAUAGUGCUGCAUUAGGUACUCAUCUUAAUUAUUAA